AUGUCCAAAGAUGCAAGCGUGUUGGAGGCGUAUAAUGUUAAGCGGCGCAGAGAUGGGAAAAAGGAUAACCAUGGAAUUUCUCCUGUCAUCAGAUCAUUCCAUGAAACGCAGGCGUUCCACUCUAUAGUGAGCUCCUCUACCGAAG